AUGGCAGACGGAAACCUCGCGUCCGCAGUGAUUGCCCCCGAGCAAGAGUAUAUCGAACGCUCCCCCGAAGCUGGACUGAAGCGGAGACAGUCGUCAACCACGGAGCUCGACUCAGAUACCAAACGCCGCCGUCUCAGUUCUCAUGCCGAAACCCAAGAGACUGAAUCUAGUACAGCGCAAACACAAAUGUCCCCCAAGAGAGUAGAGCAAGACUCGGAUCGGAAACGAACCCGUCGCGAUGAGGAGCGGAAACGUGGGCAACGGUUAUUCGGAUCACUACUAGGGACACUAUCACAGAGCUCGACUUCGGCCGCGCAACGGCGACGGGCAGACAUCGAGCGGAAACAGCAGGAUAAACUCAAAUUGCAGGAUGAGGAGUAUGGGGAGCUAAAGAAGAAGAGACGAGAGGAGCGUCUUGCCGUUCGGAGGAAGGAGCAGAAGCUCUAUGAGAAGGAAAUGAUGGAGACUCGGCACGCGAACCUUCUAGCAACAGCUCAUUUUCUCAAGACGAAAACUGAGCCUGUGCUGUUCUAUAAGCCGUGGCAACUGCGUUCCGAGGACGAAGCCAUAAUACGAGAUCAGGUACGGGAAGCGGAGGCGACGAUCGCGAGGGAAGUCGAAGAGUAUGAAGCACGUAAUGCGCAAGGAGAUACGGAGCCGGAGAACAACCCGAACCCGCCCACGGAGACUCCACAGCAAGCACAGACGUCAAACGAGGAUAUGCAGAAACCGUCUACGUUGCAGACGGCUAACGCCGACGCUGGAGCAAACGGCACCAACCGCGAUAAAGACUCUAAAGAAACCAAGCCCGAAAGUCCUCCAGCACCCAAUAACGAGGUGCCCGUCAGAUCAACCCACGAAGAUGACCAUCGAGCAGAAGACGACGGAGGAGAAGUCAUGGAGGACAACGAAGACACUGUGAUCUACUGA